AUGUCGCAUGGUGGAAACCGAGAUUGCAUUCUGGGGGUACGGGGAAGGAGAAACUCCGUCGAAAAUCUAAUGGUAGAGUUCCAAGAUAGAUAGAUAGAUAGAUACUUUAUUAUAAACACUAUUGCAGCCAUAGGCUGAAUUACGCGAUAUUUACAAAUACUGGUGAUAACAAAGAAAAAAUAAGAAAACUAUCUACAUCUUAUAGACAUGGCUAAAAAUAAAACUUUUCUUCAAACGCUCGGUUUUACAUAGGGGGAGAGUGAAAUCACUUUUGCGCCUCAGUGCCUAUUUACAACUCUUCCUUUGGGGGAGGAGGCUAUGGAGACUGUGGGUGGGGUUACAGACGAUCUCGUCAAACAGAUCGAUUGUAAUCUUUUCUCUCCUCUCAUGAAGUUUCGGUAGGCCAACUGUUUCUAGUGCUACACUAUAUGACAGGUCAGGAUAGAUGAUUCUGAAAGACCUUCUUUGGAUCCGUUCCAAAUCCUCACUGACGUAGUUUGGUAGAGAACGAUGGAGUACAGGACUUGCGUAUUCCAGGACGGGCCUAAUACAUGUCACAUAGAAUUGCAAGCAAGGAAUUGCCCCUCACUAAAAGGAAAACCAAGGGUUUUUAUCAUCCAGACCUGCAGAGGCCUUCUUGAUUAUGCAAAUGAAACAUUCCAAUCUCCAGUUGGGAGUAUUCAGUCACAGGAUGUGCUAUCUAUGUCAUCAUCGUCAGAUGCCCAGUCUACUGGACGUCCUUUUACAGCAGAUGCCACUCUUUCAAGAAGUGUGUUUCCGACGGAAGCUGACUUUCUGUUAGCGUUUGCUACCGUGCCAGGUUUUGUGUCCUACCGGUUCACGGAGUUUGGUACUAUGUUUAUACAGGUACGUAUGAGUACCAGGUUAUUCCUGUCGCUGUGACUCUACAUUGAUUUAGUGAUACGGAGGAUUAGGAUGAAAUUUUGUGUAGCCUCUUGCACUGUCAUAACUGGGGUGAGAAAAAUAGUGAGAUGUCGUUCAGGGUGUUUAUAACUAAAAUGUUAUUACUAAGGAAAGAAAGACAGGAAAUUUCAAUAUCUUUUUAAUAGUUAAGUAGCCUUUUAUAUUAAGUCUGUGAAAUAGAAAAAUAAGUGCUUUUACUUGUUUUAGAUAAUUAAUAUUUUUUUAAAACGUUAAAAUUUUAAAAAAGACUCUAGUCAGUUUUUAAAUACUAUUUUUACUUGUUUUUAAUUGUGUAUAUUAAUGUUAUUUUUUUUUUAUAAUGACAGUGUAAAAUUAUUUUACUAUUUGAUUUUAUGUUUUAUAGAGGGCCACAAGUUUAUCAGUUUUAUCUUAACUGUCACAUGUUUACCCUCUUUAAAUGAAGGCUUUACCUUACCUUACCUUAACUUACGAUGUAGCAGGGAAUGAAUUGACUCCCUGGGGAGUUCUCCCUAUAAUGGGCCAUAUGUUAAGGCUUCGUUCGAAACGUUGGUUAAAGUAUAUUAAAUUUUAAGGAAAUCUGUCGUUUCGGUCUGUAAAAGGACCUAAAAGGACUAACGGCAUUUUAUGGCUGUGACAAAGGGAAGAAACUUCCUGGCUUAGUGAUUUGUUCAAAAGGCGGUGUAUUUGUAAACUAGGUCGAAGACUGGGUUAUAUUGGCAUUUGUCAUCCCGACGCUGUUAUUAAACUGAGAAAAAAAAAAUUUUCUUGCUUCAAACCAGGCUCUAGUCGAAGUUAUCAGAGAACAUCACCACCAUCAUCAUUUUCUGGAUAUUUUAACGGAAGUUACCAAACGGGUGGUUGAGAGACAGAACAGAGAACACAACAUCGAGUGCCCUGUCCAAGUUCCAGCACCCAUGCACAUACUCACCAAGCAUCUGUAUUUGUGAGAAGACUGGGUCAAGGUAUUGACAACAAAGAGAAAAUUGAGCGCUAGGAAAUCAUCUCUCUAAGAGCCCAAAGACACUUUGCAAGACAACGUUAAGUUAAGCCAGAUUAUUUUCCCUUGUCUGUCAUAUAGGGACGUUUUGUGAACCACCAACCUUAGUUUUUUUUUUCGAAAACUUUAGUUGCCUUGCAGAUCGCCGAAGUGCUAUAUCAGCAAGGCUGUUCGCCGAAAUAAUUAGCAAUCAAGAUCACAGGCUACGACAUCUUUUACUUCCGCCAAAUACGUGUGCUGAACAUCCCCGGAGUGCUUUUAAGUUUCGAUUGCCUAUAUAAGAAACGAACAGAAUGAAGAGUUGUAACAUGUAGUCAUUGUUAGGUCUUGAAGCGAAGACCUCAUAUUUUGCUUUGAGAUCUCCAGUGAAAAGUGCUAGCAAUAAGAAACAAGAAACAUUCAAAAGGAUAUGCCCCAGUAAGACAUCAGCACAGUUAAAUUUCUCAUUGUGCCAGAAAAAAGCAUGUUUGGUGUUUUGCCAAGGCUACCAACAACCUAAAUGAAAACAAACUAAAGUCACUUUUGUUGUAAUUAGUUUGAAAACAAUGAAAUACGAGGCUGAUUGGACAUAGACAGCUAAAACAGAUUUCUUUAUUACCCCAGCAAUUCCUUGAGGGUUGACUUCACUGUUUUAAGUUAGUUGCAUGUCUCGUUUCAUUCUUUCAUGUUUAUCCAAGAUCGGUUGUAACGUGUUACUGUUUGUCCAUUUUGGCGAACCUGGCACAAUUAAAAAGGUUCAUUCGCACUUUUUGGUAGGGUUACCAGUUCACCCCUUACGUAGACUUGAAACACUUAGGUAAACUGUUUAAACUUUGAACAUUCCAUGGCUCAGUUGCAUCACUCAUUCACUUGCCCGACUACAGACUGCCAUCAAGGCGGACUUAUGUUGUCAUGUACAUAUCAUAUUUUUGCUUUAAAAUUUGUCAUAUAAUUAAAAUAUCAUAUGCAGUAUUAUAAACAUAAAAAAGGAGUCUUAACUUGUAAAUAGGUAAGUGGUAGCAUAUGUGUGUAUUUAAAAUUGACAUCCGUUUGGUGGAAAACUUCGACCAGGAAAACAGAACUACUGUCUGUUCAGACCUUCCCUUUAAGUUACUUCUAAAGUUUUUCACUGUAACAACUAGAAAGUUGGGUUUUCUUUCAUUCUAGCCGGAUUUUUCGGAAACAUUUGUAAAUGGUAAACAAACCAUGCCUGCCGGCUGUGCAGACACCAAUCAGAGCAUAGGAUCCGGCCAAGCUCGAUGCACUAAUCAACGCUUGUAUGUUUUAAUACUGAUUGCAUAUUAUUGUAUAGACUUUGUAUGAGGAAGAUAUACCUGUCAAUAUACUUGUCUCUUUGGUUUUUAUUUGCCUAAAUAAUGCGAAGCAAGGCUGGUAACGGUGCGC